AAGAAAAUUUUUACCAUUACUAUUUUCCUCGGGAAUUAAUAAUAGAGAGUAAAUGCGUGUGGGUUGAACAGAUAGUUUGACAUCCUGCUUGAUAGGAAACAUCAAGGCAGACAGAUAAGAGUCAACAAAACUCAGUUUCUCUUUAGUUACAUUCAUAUAAUCGAAAAGUCAUGAAAUUCGUCUUUUAAUCGUCCAAAUAUUGGAAAUAUGGCAAUUUUCUAUUUCAUCUUUACUUUAUUCACACUGGGACAGUAUGCAGCACAAGUAGUUGAUAUCGGUGGCGUUUGGGAAAUAAAAUGUCCACAGGGAUGCUCCUGCCAAAUUCUGAAAUUCGCUGACCUAUCUCUUCAUCAGUGGCUCGAUCCGAGGUCACAAAAUCAGGCGGUGGACGAUGCGGACAAGGAUGCCGACUCCAUUUUUGCCAAUGAAUUACUCAAAGUGGCCACGUGUGUCGUAUCGGAAAAUCCGUCGGAACUUCUUCACAAGCUACCCUCCGAUCUGCAGGUAUUCACAAUAUUGGAAUCUGGAAAUGGAGAGUCAGAUAUAGUUCUCCACUCUUCGGACUUUGAGCGUUUUCAGUAUUUAAUUUCCCUUGAAAUUCAGGGCCUGGAAAAUGUCAAUAUCACAAAAACAGUGAAUCCUUUAAAACGAGGAGGAAUAGUCCUUUCGGCAGACACUCUCCUACCAUUAGGAAUGACACUACUCUAUCUAAAUCUUGAACGAGUGACCCUAACAAAUUUAAGCCUGACGAACAAAAAUAAAGCGAAUUUAGUAGUGAAACCAGCAGUUCCUCCCAAUGAGGACUCAACUGAUGGACUAUUUCCAAAAAAUGGUUCGAACCUCGCAGGACAUAGACUGAUUUUCCUCAGUCAGCAAGUGAACGACAGUAAGGAUGACAUGGAAAUUCUUCCUUACGACAUCUACAAACAGGAAGUUGAAGGACGAACGGAUUCAGGUGGACUUUUCACUGGACUGAGAACCCUAACUCACUUGAGAGUUUACGACUGCAAACUCACGGACAUUUCCUGGCACAUGUUUGAUGGCUUGGAGAAUUUGAUUUAUCUCUCGUUGGAGAAGAAUGACUUGAAAGUAAUUCCCGAAUUUUGCUUCUAUGGAACGCCGAAUUUGAAAAAAUUGUCUCUCGCCGAAAAUCAACUACUCACUCUAACCAGUGUCGAUCUCGCGGGACUUUUGACUCUCGAACAUUUGGAUUUAAGUGGGAAUAAUCUAACGUUUCUGUCAGAGUUGACAUUUCCUCCAUUUCCAAAUCUUCGAGUGGCAAAUUUUGAAAGAAAUCCACUGGACUCAAUUUUUCCCAGCACUUUUGAAAUAAUGAACACGACUUUACAACUUUACGUUGGAGGCGAUGGAUCAAAGUUAAAACUUCAAAAGAACUCGUUCCUGGGUCUACGAGUGCUGGAAGUCUUGCAUCUACUCAAUCUCGAAAUGGAGAGUCUCGAACGCUUUUAUCUGCAAGGGAUGCCCGCCCUCAAGGAACUCAAAGUACGAGGAAACAUUUCGAAAAUAGAAUUCGACGCGUUUAUCGAUUUAAUUCAACUCAUCGACUUGGACUUGAGACAUUGUCAUUUAAGGCAAAUUUCGAUGGACGCUUUUUACGGUCUAGAGAAUGUAAAACGCAUCGAUUUGUCCUACAAUGACUUGGAAUUCAUUCCCCCAGGUCUCUUUGCCGUUCAACAGCAAAAUAGUCUCAAAGAAAUUAUUCUCAGCAAAAAUCGACUGACUACACUGCCACACGAUUUCUUCAAAGCCCUAAGGAAUAUUAACAGACAGACGCAAAUUCAAAAUCUUCGCUUGGACGGAAAUCCCUGGGAUUGUUCCUGUGCAAUGGAAAACUGGAAUCCUCAUGUUGUAAAUAAAACUCGAGAGACAACUCCGAGAUGUUUCACGCCGAAAGCAGUUCAGAACUGGGGAGUUUUUCACGCCCUACGCAAAGGUGGACUUGCGUGCAAAAGAUUUAAGAGAAGACACAUCCGCAAAUUGGCUAAACUACCAAACUACGAGGAGAAUAAUAUUAGUUAAUUUUCCUUAGCACAUAAGUUAGCAGUAAGUCUCAAUAUUGAUAGGAAAAAUUAUCAAAUAAAUUAGAAUAUAAACGAGAAA